AUGGAGUACACGAUGUAUGAAGUUGACGGUAUCUUAGGUGAGGCGUAUGUCAUAAGCUUCGUCGCAGGACUUAGCUUAACAACACAAAAUCUAAUCCGAUUUGAGGAUACGAAAAAUAUUGGUUUAACUGGCAUAGAAGUGCCGACUACAUCUGAUAAACGCUGCGCGUCUGUCAAGAUGGCGAGCUUCGGACUGAAAGCAAUCGGGGCACCAAAGGAGACCACAGGAAAGUUUAUUAGCCCUAAACAAGGAUUCGUAUAG